AUGACCUUAGCGGAGCUGAAACAAAAGCUGUUAGAUUGGGAAGCGAAAAAAACGGAAGAAUUGAAGAAGUCCAUCGAAGCGAGAGAGCAAUUGAAAAAGAAAGUUGAUGAUAUGGCACUGGAGACUUUGCGAGGACUCGUAGAUGACUACAAAGAGUACAGUGCUAUAGGAAGCAACAAAAACAUGACCUUGAAAGAAUACUUUAAAGCACUGAAAAGUUUUGACAAAAAACAUCCAGGAGUUAGUCAGCUUUUGGCUAUCUUCAGAUGA